AUGGCGUGUUUUCGGGAAAGAUCCCUCAAAGUACAAGUCACCAUUUUGGCCUCUAAAUGGGGAUCAAGCAAAGAAGGGCUGUCCACCAUAAACAGCGAAUUAGCCAUUCAGUUAGCCAAAUGUCCUGAAGCGGAAAUCACUUUCUUCCUUCCACAAUGUAGUGAAGAGGACAAAAAAUUAGCACUGCAACACAAGGUAACGAUUAUCGAGGCAACUCGCCGGCCUGGCUUAGAAGAACUGGACUGGCUUCUCUUUCCACCAGAACAUUUACAAAUAGAUGUAAUCGUUGGUCAUGGGGUUAAACUUGGCAAACAAGCUCAAAUCAUUAAAGAAUCCAAAAAGUGUAAGUGGGUCCAAGUCGUGCACACAGACCCAGAAGAACUGGGAAUGUUUAAGAAGAAUUCAAACCCAAUUUCCAAGGGUCAAGAGAAACAUAAAACAGAGGUAGAGUUGUGUGAAAUGGCAGACCUCGUUGUAGGAGUUGGACCCAAGUUGAGUGAGGCCUUCCGCUCGUAUCUUCGAGGGUGCCAAAAGGAUAAAAGUGUAGUGGACUUGACUCCUGGAGUAUUUCAAGAAUUUUCCAGCUUGAAACAGGCUGCGGAAGAAAGAAAGCAUCGCAGUGUCUUAGUGUUUGGUCGUGGGGACGAAGAGGAUUUCGAACUAAAGGGGUUUGACAUCGCUGGAAAAGCGGUUGCUGCAUUAAAAGAUACUCGUCUUGUGUUUGUUGGCGCUCCAGAUGGAAAGCACGAAGAAAUAGCGAAGCGGUUAACCGGAUGUGGUGUUCCUGGAAGUCGCUUGAAAGUAAGAGGAUUUAUUGAGGACCGAGAGAGCUUAAAGCGCUUGUUUCAGGAAGUGGAUCUUGUAGUCAUGCCUUCACGAACGGAGGGCUUUGGAUUGGCAGGACUUGAGGCCCUGUCAGCUGGUCUCCCUGUGCUUGUCAGCCGCAACUCGGGGUUUGGAGAAGCACUGUGCAGUGUACCAUUUGGUUCAUCCUUUGUAGUAAAUUCAGUGGACCCCACUGAUUGGACUGCAGCCAUCUCGAAAAUAUGGGACAAGGACAGAAAAAGUCGACUUGAGGAAGUGGAAACUUUGCGCGAUUCGUACGACAAGAAAUACAACUGGGCUAAACAGAUAAAAGAUCUUCUACACAAGAUGAUCAGCUGGACUAACGGUAUGAAUGUCAAUUGCAUUUUUUUUUAUUGUACUUUAAUUUAAGCACUAUGACCACGCCUGCUGAUAAUGGCAGCAAAUUUUAGUUUUCUUAAUUUAACCCCUCCUUUAAAUCAACAAUUUUUGAUGUUUAGGUCGGGCUCUCCACUCUAAAAAUUUAUUUGGAUUACUUAAAACGCUGUCUAGGAUGAAAAGAAACAAAGGUUGUUUCUUGUAAAUAGUGUUAUAUAAACCCACGAUCCAGAAAACAAGAAACCUGAGCGUUUUUACUCUUUCAUACAUUCCUAAAAGACAACAAUCUUGUCCUUUUUUCUGCAGUUGAUUUUUCAAAUGUUCAGAGCGUCCCCGAAACAAUAGGUGAAACUGUUGUAUCUUGUCACCUGGCUUCUCAGGCUACACGAGGCACGACAGAGAAACAUGCAGGUAACCCUUAAAUCUAAAGCGUGAUCAGAAUAAACAGCUUCGACGAUUUCUCUUCCGAUUCUGUUUUUGAUGGUCGGUUACGGUCCAAUACCGCAGUCACCUUUUAAAGCCUAUAAGAGCUAUCCAGCCAUAGAACUCAUUUCUAGUCAUUUGAGAAGAGGAUCUAGAGCAGAAAACUUGGUAGCGUUCACAGCGGUAGUAACUUAAUUUCGCAGUGAUUUAAGUCAUGGUCGGUUACGCGAUUAUUUCUUGCCCUCGGUAAGGAAUGCAUGACAGAACAACUAAGCACAUAUGAUAAACAAUUUUAACCCUUCAAAGUUAAUUGUCUCAGUUCGUUCCUGUAGUACGUUUCAGAAACGUCUUUGGAUAUGACACUGAUUGCCUUUUGUAUCUUAUUUGUUUGUAAGGUGAGUGUAGGGUUGAAAGGAAGAAGAGAAACAAUGAGGAGGACAUCACGAAGAACCUUCAAACUGGAGCAAAGGCCAGAAAGACCAUGGGCGAUAUCGUGGCUUCCGGAUCUACAAGUAAGAGCUCAUGAUAAAGCUCAACUUCGCUGCGUCCCAGCAUCAGUCUUCUCUUUUCCUUUCUCUUGCUUUGCCUCAGGUGUUGGAAAGAAGACACAGCCCGAAAAUAAUAGACCUUAUCUAUUCUGUUGUUUUGUUACUUCGUUGAAAUCCCACGACUGUCUUCUGCAAAACAGUCCCUUUCCAAAUUGAUCAUAUUUACGGUCGUUCUAAAAAAUAUCGACAAAGGAGGCAUUAUCUUGGGAGCAACGCUUGGUUUGUGAUGAGAAUGGGGUUUUAAGCGAAUAAUGUCUAUACAGUGUACUUAGAUUUUAACACACGUACUGUAUCUCAAAGGAUUUUCCUUUAGUAGAUCUAGUAAACAAAUAAUGAUUUUUUUUUAUUCUUCUUUUAGAUCUUGAUUCAACUCAGUAUACCUCCACCAAGGGGAGGUCAAAUUAUUCCCGGUUAUGUCUUCUUCUAAUCAGCUUGGGUUCAAAAGCCCUCAAAGAAACGUUUGACAGAAUAAUUCCACCACAAAGUCUUCAACGCAUUCUGAAACGGAACCCAGCACACUCUAAACUUCAGUCACGUCGAAAGGAAGGGAUACUAAACUCAUUCCAGUGGAGUAAACUGUAUCCUACCACACCCUCCGAAGUUUCAUCGGCAGGCUUCGACAUCCCCCUGCUAAUGGUUCUUCUAAGGACAAUCUGUGAUCUGAGUCCUCCACCCGCUGGCUGGGAUGUUCCUCCUCUUCCCGAAGACCUAAGCCGUGAGUCUGACAUUGCGCGUCUGAAAUAUUUCUUCAACGUCGUGUCUGGUCAUGCUGGAGAAGGUUUUGUUAGUAAUGCUGUAUUCAGUAGCUUCUGGCAGCAGAUCCAUGACACUCUGGUUCGAUUGGGAGGAGCUGAUUAUGAAGAUGUCAUUGAGCAACUGAGGUGUCAGGAAAUGGACCUCCUAAGUGAAGAACAUUUCAGAGAACUUCUCAAGCAGUGGAGGAAGGUGGAGGACAAUAUCAAAGACAAACUGAAUGAACUGGAAAGUGCAGAGGCUUUAAAGGUGGCAGGUGAGUUUUUGUGAUAAAAUUUGUCUGCUGUUUGUAUUAACAUGGCUAGAGUGUAAUAAUUCAAAGUUUUAAUUAUUAUAAUGGUAUAAGAUGUGGUCAGUUUGGCAACGAACGGUAAUUUUUGUUAUGUGCUUUGCUAUAUAUAACUAGGUCCUGCCUGAAAAGGUAAAAUUGUCAUUGAACGUUUUUAAUUUAUCUAAAGAUUAGGCAAACGGAAGUUUUGCGAAGAGACCAGAUGCUGAGUCUGAAUCACGCUAGGUCUUGAGUAAACAGUCUUCCAACGUACUUUGACAACUUUGUUGAGGGAUUGCUAUGAAAUUGCAAUCUUCAGGUUAAGUGGAGGCGUUGUCCUCCACAUACAGUUAUGGUCUGUUCCUUAAAGUUGAGCCCUUCUCCUACGGGAGCAAUCGUGGAUAGGUUAAACUUACUGCAAUAUUGAUCGCGAUUGAUUUUUUCUCCAAGGCCUUAAAAUAAGUAAUGUGUAGGCCCUAGUUACGUGCAGUGAAAAUUGUUUUGCUUGGAAAGAACCCAUUUUGGCAGGUUAAAUGUAAAACAAUAGCUUACGAAAAUAAUGAUACUUACGAACGCAGAGAAAUGUUAAAAAGGUACUGGCGAAGAGUAGUAGUACAGUACAGACGAACUAACAGAGGGAUAAAGUCUAGAGGAAAAGACUUCUCUCGUACUAGCCGACUCGCAUCCGAAGAAGCAGUGAGAACAUAAAGCUACGUCAGUAAGAAAAGAAGACUAAUAACUAACCGUACCGAAAAUCUCGCGUAAGACAACAAGAGUAGUUGGGAGAUUUAGAGUCACGUUGUAGACAAGCGGCAAACGUGAGAUCAAGUUUUUCAAUUUCUUAAAUUAGGAGAUGAGCAGGUAAAAACUGUCUUAAAUAUUUUUAGUUGUAGAUGAACCUAAACCAUCUUUUUUUUGUUGUUGUUGAUAUAAUAAACAGUCGGUGACAAUUAAAGGGAACACUUGAUGACGUGGGACAAUCUGACGUUUGCCGUAAACGUGAUUUUAAACCGUGAUGUUGACAAAAUCGACUAUAACAGCAGGAAUGAUCUGACGUACAGCGAAGCGAUAACAAGACUAGACUACAACCACAUGAACGCAAUGACGCAACCGUAAUGAAAAGCGGUAACGAGACAUGUCUAACAUAUAUUGACAUACGGGAGUAAGGUUAAUACCAUAGGAACGAAAUUAUGUACGGGAAAUGGGUUUGACCAAGAAAUGAUUACGCACGAACAAAACUAAAACAACAAACGAACAAGAAGUUUGAUUGAACGAACGGACUCAAAUGCGAGCUGCACGCGCAGUACGUUCUCAGCUGAAAAAAAUAAUAAAAAUUAGUUUUUCAUACCUGGUGACAAUGGCAAGUGGGCUGUCGAUUGGACAAUCGAAGGAUGCCUUUUUCUUUUAAGGGUUUUCUUUGGUGGCAUAAUAGACUGUUAACAGUCCCCUAUGUUUUCGUAAGAUCGUCAGGAUCGAGCGCUUUUCAGUACGGGCGGCCUUUUUGAUUAGGCUUUGAUUCGGGACACUGAAAGUUAACCCACACGGUAAUUUUUAGGGAGUUAUUAUAACUCCAAAAAUGGAGUAAACAUUUUAGGUACAGAAUAACCCCUUUUUGGGGGUUACCUUAACUCCAAAUUUAACUCCAAAUUUGGGGUCAUUUUUACUCCUGAGAAAGAGUUCUUUUUACUCCCAGUCUGGAGUUAAAACAACUCCGAAAAUGGGGUUAUUUUUACUCCUUACAUGGGUUGUUUUUGCUCUUUUUGGAGGUACUUUAACUCUGAAAGUGGAGUAAAAAUUUCAGGUACAGGAUAACUCCUUUUUUGGGGUUAUUUUAACUCUUCAAUAUCUGGGGUCAUUUUUACUCCUGAAAAAGAGUUCUUUAAACUCCUUUUUGGAGUUAAAAUAACUCCCCAAAGAAUAACUCCACUGUAAGGAGUUAAAUUAACCCCACUAGAGGAGUUAUUAUAACUCCUUGAAGAUUACUGUGCAGAUGGCCACCCGUAACGCAAAGCGCUCGAUCUUGACGACCUUACGGAAAAGCAGGGGACUGUAGAGUUACGGAAGCUUUUUUUCAAGGUCAAAAGAAAAUCAUUCUAAUACGGUACGAACGAGGCGACAUACGGAAAAGCGCUUAGAACACAACACUAAUGCCAUACGAAUAAGCCGACGUACGGAAGUGAGGUUAGAAGACAAUACUCAGCACGUUUUCUCUCCCACUAUCCAGUGUUAAAGAAUAUCUACUAUAAGUAAUUAUCGGGCAAGAUGACCGACCAUUGAUUGUUAGGCUGACAUAGUCGCGGAUGACCUGCCUUGAUUCAAGUCAUGGUUUUCGUACAAUGCAAAUCACAAAGAGGUUAGGUUAGAAGACAAUACUCAUUUCACACCAACACAUUUACCAACAAGAGGACGUAAGGAAAAAUGUUUAAAAGGCAGUGCUAAUACAGUAAAAACUAGCGGAGAAAUCUGGAGAUGUUGGAGAGAGAGACGCGGGAUGGAAUUGGUACGGCUUCGGUUUUCUUCGGUUUUUGUAGAUGUCAGUAUGAAUUCUGUCCAACUGUUCAGUGUUACACAAUUUCCACUAUAAACAGUAAUUGUCGGACACCAUGAUCGACUAUUUAUUGUUGAGAUGACAAGUUGAACGGUUGAGCUGCCUUUAUUUCGAGCCUUGGUUUCCGCACAAUGUAAAUCUUAAUGCGUGAAUUUCCUUUCAUUAUUAUUUGCAGCAUUGAAACCUAGAUACACAUUAAAAGUAAUUUACUCAAGCAAGACAGAAUGCAGGUUAUGAUAUUUUGCAUUUUUUUUUAGAUUUUUCAUUCCUUACCGAAAUUGUGGAAAAGAUUCGUCAACUUUACGGAACACGUGAACAACGUCUCCUGCCUGUUCCUUGGUGUGAAGAUUUCAGUUUUCAUCUGAAUGAAAUUUUUACCAGGUUGAAGAUCGUGAACAAAGAUAAAACCCGAGGAGUACUUACUGACGAUAUUACCGAUAUGACUGGAAUCUUUAAGCCGCAUGCAGAAUGCCAAAGGCCGCGAACAGUCUUGAUUGAAGGAGACCCUGGCAUGGGUAAAAGCACGUACUGUCAGAAGCUAGCGUAUGAUUGGGCAACUAAGCAGAAGGAGUUGGACCCCUCUUUUCCAGACAUUGACGUGCUAUUACUUCUCAAAUGUCAUGAUGUGAAAUCAAGCAUCUUGGAAGCUAUUGAUGAUCAAAUUCUUCCUGCGGAAAUUGACGAUCAAGCUAGAGAAUGUUUCUUCAAAUUCGUUCGUGAAAAUCAGUCGAAAGUCCUUCUAGUACUUGAUGGAUUAGACGAAAUGGACUCCACUGAGAUGAAAAGAAUCUAUGACUUGGUUGAGGGUAAAGAACUGUCAGGUUGUCACGUUAUACUCACAUCUCGUCAUGAGGUAGGGAGGAAACUUAGGAGGUAUUGUGACACUCUGUGGGAGAUUGUAGGUUUCACCGAAGAAGAUGCAAAUAGUUUUAUUCGUAGGUACUUUAAAAACAUCAAAAGGGAGGACUUACUGGAGAAUUUGCUACAAAAGAUUCGGUAUUCGCAUGAGUUAAGAAACUUGUCAAAAAAUCCCUUGAACGUAACCUUACUUUGUGUUCUUUGUGAAGAUUUAGAGGGCAUUUUUCCAACGAGCAGGACUGAAUUGUACACUGAGAUUGUCCUAUGUGUGUUAAGGCGAUAUGAAAAAAAGCAAGGAUUGUCGAGCAAAAGUGAAGACCUUAUGAGCAUCUACAGGGACGAUCUAGUACAUCUGGGACGAGUGGCGUUACAUUCUCUUCGAAAAGGAGAGCUAUAUUUUGAAGAACACGAAUCUGGAAGUACCUCUAUUGCUUUAUCGAAGUUUGGAUUUCUUUCAUUCCAGGCUAGUGGCUGCAAGAGGAAAGCUCUUGUGCGUUAUGCAUUUCUGCACAAAAGCUUCCAAGAGUUCUUUUCUGGAUUUUAUCUUGCUUGCCAAAUUCUUGACGGAGGUAUUGACUAUGUCUCAGUAGUAAAAGACGAGAGAUUUAAAAACGAACUAAAGGAAGCGUUUCUAUUCAUGUUUGGAAUUUUAGCCUCAACGAGUAAGGAGACAGCAGAGUCUGUUAUUAAAACUAUGGCUGGAAAUAUCAAUUUAAUAGAUCCCGAAUGUAAGGAAGACAUUCGUGAAUUAUUUCAUUUAGCUUUAAGCUGCAUUUUAGAGUGCACAAGUUUAUCUCGUACCCUAGGGUUACACCUUCACAUAAGUAAUUUAGAUUUGAGGUCGGUCGUCAUUCGUGAUUCUGGUGCUACUUCCCUUUCCCAGGCUCUUGCGACCAACUCCUCCUUAACUAGUUUGGAUUUGUGUUCGAACAGGAUUGGUGAUUCUGGUGCUACUUCCCUUUCCCAGGCUCUUGCGACCAACUCCUCCUUAACUAGUUUGGAUUUGAGUGGGAACGUUAUUGGUGAUUCUGGUGCUACUUCCCUUUCCCAGGCUCUUGCGACCAACUCCUCCUUAACUAGUUUGAAUUUACAUAGCAACUAUAUUGCUGCUUCUGGUGCUACUACCCUUUUCCAGGCUCUUGCGACCAACUCCUACUUAACUAGUUUGAAUUUACAUAACAACGAUAUUGCUGCUUCUGGUGCUACUACCCUUUUCCAGGCUCUUGCGACCAACUCCUCCUUAACUAGUUUGGAUUUGAGUGGGAACGUUAUUGGUGAUUCUGGUGCUACUUCCCUUUCCCAGGCUCUUGCGACCAACUCCUCCUUAACUAGUUUGGAUUUGCGUUCGAACAGUAUUGGUGAUUCUGGUGCUACUUUCCUUUCCCAGGCUCUGGCAGCCAAUCCCUCCUUAACUAUCUCGUAUUUGGGAAGUGAGGAAGAUGAGGAUUAA